AUGGAGCGGGACUUGGAACUAGAGCGCCGUAAAUCUGCAGGACUGCAGGACUCGCUCAAGGAGCGCGACAAGGAGUACCAGAAACUCAAGACACAAUAUGACAAAAUCAAAAGGAAAGCUUUGCUAGCACCGAACCUCGUCGGCAGUGGCGAAGGUGCAAUUCCGUUAUCAGGGAACGAGAACCCUCAUGGAGAAAGACCCAUCUUCAACGAGCAGUCUAAUAAGCUGAAAUCCGGUAUGGCGUUCGGCGCGACCGUAGGCGGAGCGGUGAAUGUAGGGGCUGUUGUAGGAGACAUGGAGGCGCACGGGAUCCAACGUACCCCAAUCGUAAACCGCACUGCGAUGCAGCCCGGAACCUCAUGGCGCCAACCUGCGUCUGCGCAGCCCCGCCACAACCCCCAGCGCCAGCCCUUCAACACCGGCGUCGAGCGGUCCUUCAGAUCGCACACGACGCAGUCCGACCGGACGGAUAGCGUUGGAGAAGUGGAAAAUCUCAUAGGAGCCGCCAAUGUUCGACAGUCGGCUCGACCCGCGAAUAAUAAUGCAUGGCCUGCCCAAGCCCGCAUGGGCAGACCCCAACAACGAGGUGAGACCCCCUACCCUCGUGUCACACCGAACGCUUUCAGCUGUCAAUAUGCAUAG